AUGGGAAACAAUGCUCUGAGCAGCAUGAUGACAACUCUAGAGAAUAUUUCUAGAAAAUUUGAUCACUAUGAAGGUAGAUUUCAGACGUUUGAAUCGCGGCUAAACGCCAACAAUUCCAAAUUGGUUGACUUCACCCAGAACAUGGAUAAGAUUUUUAUUAUUGUAAUAGUGAAAGCUUCAAUGGAUGAGCGUCUGAGAGUUCUAGGUGUAGGAAAAAGUAUCGAAAUCUACGAUAACUUCUCAAAAGUCCCCGAACAAUAUUUACAGUUGCCAUUACCACAACCGCAAUCUAACCAGUUUCCAUCACAGCUGCAGAAUACACAGCAGAAGUCUGUCAAUAGUCGAAUGUUAGCUAAGACCCCUGAGGAGCUUGAUAAGUUUAACAAAGUUUGGGGGCAAAAAAAGUUUAAGAGUUUUGGCACUACAAUGCCUGCUAAAGCUGUUGCUCUUGAUUUCUUUAAUAUUUCUCUUGCAAGGAUGCUAAGGCUCCAGCCUAUAUGCGCGGCUACAGGUGCAGGCCAAAACAGACGGAUAAGGAAGUAUUACAAAAGAAGGAGACCAUUGCCAAGAAGAGGACAGAGACUGCGUGAAAGAAGAAGGAGGCGGCUGAGUAAAAAAAUUAAACAUGCUGAGUUAAAGAAUCAAGAAGCCACUGUUUAA